AUGGCAGUAUACAAAGUCCUUGUCGCCCUUGCAUUAUUUUGUGCAGCGAGCCAUGCCCAGAGGCCAUCGUUCGCUGGAUUACGACCGAUCGGAUAUCCUGAGCUUGAGACAAAUGUACUUUCAAACAGAUUCGGAGAAGAUUCAAAUUUACCAAUAGAAGCUAAGGGAGACGGAAAUUUAAUAAAUAGAUUUAACCAGAUACCCGUAGAUAACAGACCGUUCUGGUUCAUCAACUCACAACAGUACGACGAAUUAAGGAAGAACCCUCAGACAUAUCAAUUAAGACCAAAUGGAUUUAUAGACAGAAACUCUGGACGCAGAUAA